AUGCAUUGCAUUAAAAUUAAUAAAGUAAUCGCUCAAAUGAUUUGUUUAUUUUAUCUGAUGGGCUUUUGGCAUCGAAGUGAUAAGCCUACAGCCAGAGAACUGAGAUUUAAGUUAUUUUAUUGCAUUUAUUAUUCACUUUUUAUCCUGUCAUUUAUGGUUGGAGCAAUACGUAGCGAAAAAAUGGACUCGACUAUAUUUUUAACGGAAGUAUCAGUCACAGCUUUAGUAUACGGAGCUAAGCUUGGGAUUUUAAUUUGGAAGCAAAAGCAAAUUAUCGAUUUACUGAAUCGGGUUUGUCAAUUUUCUAUUCGCGAUGAUUAUGGCUACGUACUUUUCAAGGACAAACUUAAAGGAUUCAUAACCUUCUUAAUUUGUUUUGAAAUUGCUGUGGCUGUUGGUGCUGUUUUAUCGGUUCUAGUGUUACCUUUUUUUGGAAGCGAGAAAACUUUAUUUUUCGAAAUCGCGUUUCCCUUGGAUUGGCGAAACAAUGACGUUGCAUUCUGCGUCGUAACUGUUUUUAUUUUCAUUGGGAUUAUGGUGACAAUAUUUGUUUUAUUGUUCACCAUAUUAAUUUGGUAUUUAUUGUUGAAUUGCUCAUUGAGAUACGAAAUUCUGGGACAAGAGUUGAAGAAUAUGGGACAAAUUGCCGCAGACGACAUUUCAAAAAUAUCGGAGAAGCAAUUGCACAAUAAUUUCUUUCAAAGCUUAAAGGAGUCAAUCAACACUCAUGUACAUUUAAGGGGAUUAACAAAUGACUUGGGAUCCUUUUACUCGGAAAUAUUUUUAACUCAAUUGGGCACCAGCGGCCUAUGCAUUUGCGGAUCAAUUUAUUGCUUGGCAUUUAGUAUUGGUGACAAUCUGUUGGAACAUUUCGUACAUCUUUUAGUGUUUCUUUACUUCAUUGCCGAUAUCUUUAUGAUCACGUACUUUGGGAAUGAGAUUAUGCUUUCGAGCAAUCGCCUUUCAUACAACCUAUUUGAAUCGAACUGGUACAACCAGCCACAAUCAACCAAAAUGUGCAUCAUCAUUUUUGGUGAACAUUUGAAGCAGCCGCAGGCGAUUGUGAUUGGCAAAUUGUAUCCACUAACUUUGGAGACAUUUACUAAGAUAUUAAAUUCAGCCUACAGCAUGUUCAACAUUUUGAAAAACAUUAAACGUUAA